GAGAAUACUGGUGUCAUUCAUGGGGGUAUCGUUUCUCAGAAAAUCAGAACUACUUUCUUCUUCUUUGGAGAGAAAAUAUGUACCGCCAAAAACAGAAUAAUAACCCUAUUCCUAUUCUUUCUCUCCCCCUCUAAACAACUAGAUCCUUCCAUCUUAUUCAUUUCAUGCUUAACGAAUUUUUAGAAAUUUUUCCAGAAUUUCACAAGGAAGUUUCUCGUAGAUUUUAGAAAAAAAUCAAGGAGGAAGGAGUGAGGAUUUAUUGGCGAGCAUUGGUUUUUCAGGUGGGGGCGAAGUCGAAUUCUAUCGACUUGAGCUGACACCGUUAAAAGAAAGAUGACACGAGGGAGAAUAAGAGCCAAACUUGGGUUAUCCAAUCUUUACUCUUAUAAUUGCCUUCGUCCCCAUGGCAAGGAUUUGGAUGGAGGACCACAUUCUCUACAAGGACCUGGUUUCUCACGUGUCGUCUUCUGCAAUCAAUCUCGCCUCCACCGGAGAGCACCUCUUAAGUAUGUGUCGAAUUACAUAUCAACCACUAAAUACAAUAUCUUAACGUUUCUGCCCAAGGCAAUCUUUGAGCAGUUUCGGAGAGUAGCGAAUUUGUAUUUUCUUAUGGCUGCAUGUUUCUCGCUCACUAGUGUUGCCCCGUUCUCGCCUGUUAGUAUGAUAGCUCCUUUAGCUUUUGUUGUUGGGUUGAGUAUGGCUAAGGAAGCCUUGGAAGAUUGGCGUAGGUUUAUGCAGGAUAUGAAGGUUAAUAGUCGAAAGGUGAGUGUCCAUAAAGGAGACGGGGAAUUUGGUUACAGAAAUUGGCAACAUAUUCGAGUUGGAGAUGUGGUCAAAGUGGAGAAAGAUCAAUUCUUUCCUGCAGAUUUGCUACUUUUGUCCUCGAGCUACGAAGAUGGGAUUUGCUAUGUGGAAACAAUGAAUUUAGAUGGUGAAACAAAUUUGAAGAUUAAGAGAGCUUUGGAGGCUACAUUACAUUUAGACGAGGAUGGCUCAUUUGCGGGUUUUACAGGAACUGUCAGAUGUGAAGAUCCCAACCCUAGCCUCUACACUUUUGUAGGUAAUCUCGAGUAUGAUCAUCAAACUUAUGCUCUUGACCCAAGUCAGAUUCUUCUCAGAGAUUCGAAACUCAGGAAUACGCCUUUUGUGUAUGGUGUUGUAAUAUUCACUGGCCAUGAGAGCAAAGUCAUGCAGAAUUCAACAAAGUCACCCUCCAAAAGAAGUACGAUUGAGAGGAAAAUGGACUACAUUAUCUAUUUUCUAUUCACUCUCCUUGUCGUGAUCUCGUUCAUCAGCUCAAUAGGAUUUGCUGUGAACACCAAGUUCUAUAUGCCAGAAUGGUGGUACAUGCGCCCACAGCAAACAACACGAUACUACGAUCCAUCAAGGGCUAUGGUGUCUGGCAUUUACCAUUUAGUCACUGCUCUUAUUCUGUAUGGAUAUUUAAUACCCAUUUCACUCUACGUAUCGAUUGAAGUCGUGAAGGUCAUGCAAGCAUCUUUUAUUAACCAGGAUUUGCAUAUGUACGAUGAAGAGACUGGGGAGACUGCAAAUGCCAGGACAUCAAAUCUGAACGAGGAGCUUGGACAGGUGGACACAAUCCUAACUGAUAAAACAGGCACUUUGACCUGUAACCAAAUGGACUUCCUGAAGUGCUCCAUAGCUGGUAUUUCAUAUGGUGUUCGGUCCAGUGAAGUUGAAAUUGCUGCAGCAAAGCAGAUGGCAUCUGACGUUAAUGGGAGGGCCUCUGAUUAUCAGGGCCCUAAGGCCCCGGAUGCAUGUGGCAAAAAGAGAAGUGAUCUGGAGGAGCCCGAAAUUGAAUUGGAAUCAGUCAUUACUUCUAAGGAUAGAAAAGAAGAGAAACCUGCCAUAAAGGGGUUCAGUUUUGAGGACGACCGUUUGAUGAAUGGGAAUUGGUUGAAAGAGUCUCAGGCAAAUUUGAUUGCGUUAUUCUUCCGGAUACUUGCAGUGUGUCACACAGCGAUUCCUGAGAUGAAUGAGGACACUGGUGAUUGCACCUAUGAGGCCGAAUCACCAGAUGAAGCAGCAUUUUUGGUUGCAGCGAGAGAGUUUGGGCUUGAGUUCUGCAGAAGAACUCAAUCAAGUGUUUUUGUCCAAGAACGGUACCCUUGUUAUAAUAACCCAAUCGAAAGGGAGUACAAAAUUCUAAAUCUAAUGGAGUUUAAUAGCAAGAGAAAGAGAAUGUCCGUAAUUGUGCGAGACGAAGAUGGACAACUUAUUCUCUUUUGCAAAGGUGCAGACAGCAUCAUAUUUGAUCGGUUAUCAGAAGACGGUAGGCAUUACCAGUAUAAAACAAGUGCGCAUCUGAAUCUCUAUGGAGAAUGUGGUUUGCGAACAUUGGCACUUGCGUACAAGAAACUUGACGAAUCUGAGUAUCAUGAUUGGAAUAAUAAGUUUCAGAAAGCAAAGACUACUGUGGGGGCUGAAAGAGAGGCAAUGCUUGAAAAUGUAUCUGACAUGAUGGAGAAGGACUUGAUUCUUGUGGGUGCCACUGCAGUUGAGGACAAACUACAGAAAGGGGUGCCUCAGUGCAUAGACAAACUAGCACAAGCUGGGCUGAAGAUCUGGGUGUUGACAGGGGACAAAAUGGAAACUGCAAUUAACAUAGGAUUUGCGUGCAACUUGCUUAGGGAGUCCAUGAAGCAGAUUUGCAUAACAAUAAACACUGAUUUGUCAGCUGAAGGCGAUAAGAAGGCUGUGAAGGAAAACAUUUUGAGGCAGAUUAUUGAUUCCCGCGCAAUGAUCACGGCAGAGAGGGACCCUAAUGCUGCUUUUGCUUUAAUUAUAGAGGGGAAAACUUUAUCAUAUGCUUUAGAGGCUGAUAUGAAACGUUUAUUCUUGAGUUUAGCUGUUGAAUGUGCAUCUGUCAUAUGCUGCCGGGUCUCUCCAAAGCAAAAGGCGCUGGUGACAAGAUUGGUGAAAGAAGGAACUGGUAAAACUACUUUAGCAAUCGGUGAUGGUGCAAACGAUGUUGGUAUGAUUCAAGAGGCAGACAUUGGUGUUGGUAUCAGUGGGGUAGAAGGGAUGCAGGCUGUAAUGGCUAGCGAUUUCUCGAUCUCGCAGUUUAGGUUUCUUGAGAGACUUCUUGUUGUCCACGGUCACUGGUGUUACAAGAGGAUUGCCCAGAUGGUAUGCUAUUUCUUCUACAAAAAUAUCGCCUUUGGUCUGACGCUUUUCUACUUCGAGGCAUUCACUGGCUUUUCUGGGCAGUCAGUGUAUGAUGACUGGUACAUGAUUCUUUUCAAUGUUGUUCUCACUUCUCUGCCCGUCAUUUCACUCGGAGUUUUCGAGCAAGAUGUUUCUUCCGAAGUUUGCUUACAGUUUCCAGCAUUGUAUCAGCAAGGAGCGAAAAAUUUGUUCUUUGAUUGGACUAGGAUAUUUGGGUGGAUUGGUAACGGUCUCUAUUCGUCUAUCAUCAUCUUCUUUGUGAACCUCUGCAUAUUCUACACCCAAGCUUUCCGGGACGACGGACAGACAUCAGACAUGACUGCUGUGGGUACCACCAUGUUCACAUGCAUAAUCUGGGCUGUUAACUUCCAAAUCGCGUUCACUAUGAGCCACUUCACAUGGAUUCAACACGCCUUUGUAUGGGGAAGCAUUUGUACAUGGUAUCUCUUCCUCAUCUUGUAUGGAAUGUCGUCCACUAUCUCUGGCGAUGCUUAUCAAAUGCUCGUUGAAGUUUUAGCACCAUCUCCCGUUUUCUGGUACACAACGCUCGUGGUAACAUGUAUGUGCAAUCUUCCUUAUCUGAUUUACCUAGCUUUUGAAAGAUUAGUAAAUCCAAUGGAUCAUCACAUAAUUCAAGAGAUUAAAUACUACAAGAAGGAUGUAACCGAUGCACGUAUGUGGACACGUGAGCGAUCUAAAGCAAGACAAAAGACCAAGAUAGGUUUUACAGCAACAGUCGAUGCGAAGAUUAGACAAUUGAAAGGAAAGUUGCAGAAGAAGUACUCGACAUUGGGUGCUACAAGUAUAGCAGCAACUUCCCAAUGAUCAUAUGACAGGGUAGGAUCUUUGUUUUUUCAAAUUUAUCAAGGUUGUCCACAUUUUUAUCCUUGAUUUUGUUCUGUAAAGUCAGAACGUUAAAAAAAGUGUUCGUCUCAUUGUCUGUCUGUACAAUACUUAUAAGGUUUGAUGAAUUCCAGUAUAUGAAGAAUAGUUGAUAAUAUGCCAUGGUUUUGAUUCCUUCUGUCCGGAGGACACGAAUAACAGAAAUGAAAUAGAAAUCUGUUCCGUAAA